AUGCUUUCUGCGUCAGUCACCAAUGACACUGCCUUCCAUCCUUCCACAUUUAUUCUACUUGGAAUCCCUGGGAUGCAAGACCAGCACGUGUGGGCUGCCAUCCCCUUCUGCUCCAUGUAUAUCCUAACUCUCAUUGGAAACGGCACCAUCCUCUACAUCAUCAUGACAGAUAGAACUCUGCAUGAGCCAAUGUACCUCUUCCUGUGCCUACUUUCUAUCACACGAUUCUCUUCCACCACAUUGUCCAAAAUGCUAACAAUCUUCUGGCUUAGGUCCCACAUAAUUUCCUACCAUGGCUGUCUCACACAGAUGUUUUUUGUUCACACUGUCUUUGCCACAGAGUCAGCUGUUCUACUGGCCAUGGCUUUUGACCGCUAUGUGGCUAUCUGCCAUCCGCUUCAUUAUACAUCCAUCCUUAAUGCCACAGUGAUUGGAAAGAUUGGUCUGGUCCGUGGCCUCCUCUUUGUUUUUCCCUUUGUCAUUCUCAUCGAACAUUUACCCUUCUGUGGACAUCACAUCAUACCCCACACCUACUGUGAGCACAUGGGCAUUGCCAAGCUGGCUUGUGCCAGCAUCAAGCCCAACACCAUUUAUGGUCUCACUGUGGCACUUUCAGUCACUGGCAUGGAUGUGGUCCUCAUCACCACCUCCUAUGGCCUGAUCCUGCGUACUGUGCUACACCUGCCCUCCAAGGAUGCCCAAUUCCGAGCAUUUAGCACUUGUGGAGCCCAAGUUUGUGUGAUUCUUGUUUUCUAUGUACCUGCCUUUUUUUCCUUUUUCACCCACCGCUUUGGUCACCAAGUACCUCCUCAUGUCCACAUUGUACUUGCAAAUCUCUAUCUCCUUGUGCCCCCUGUUCUCAACCCCCUGGUCUAUGGCAUUAAUACCAAACAGAUCCGCCUGAGAAUAUUUGGCUUUUUUAUGGGAAGGAGGUAG